UGUGUGUGUGUGUGUGUGUGUGUGUGUGUUGCAUGUGUUUAAUGGGUCGGAUCAGUUCUGCUCCACCCUCACUGACAGUCAGCAGCGUUCCUGCUGUUCGGAUCAACAACACAGAGGCUUGAUUUCGGGACAGCGCGUGCGGAUUCUACACAUGAAGUGACUGGAUUUCUCGCCUUGGAUCUGUGGAGAUUUAAUCUGAGUCGAACAGGUUUGUGAAGUAACAGCAAGAUUGAUCUUAAUUCAUUUGGGGAACAUGGAAAUGAGUGUUCAGAAAGAGCUCUCUCCUGCCAGUGUUUUCGAUCGCUCCUGCAAAGCUGAUCAUAUUUUUCCCGUCGCAUUUUUUUAUGUUGGUCCUCACGGGAAACAUUUCAGAGUGGGAUUAUAAACUGUUCCGAAUACUUAAUGAGCGGAAUAACUGAUACAUUGUUGCAUUGAUGGAGACGGCGACUCCGCUACAACCUGUUACAUUCUGGAAUGUUUGGAAUCCUUUGAAGUGGACGCGGCGUAUCGCGCAGUAACGCAGUCAUUAUGACGUCAGGUUAUCAAUCACUACGCGCGGGAAACGAUCUGUAAAAUUAUUGCUCUUUAGGAGAUCUUAUCAAACUCUUGUCCAUUUAAAUCAAUGCUCAGGCCACGAGUCGGUCCGCUGUCAAUCACUGGCUCUCUGUCACAUUUCAUCACCUGUCAAUCAUGUUCUGUCAGCGAUACAGGCCAGUUCUAACAUUUAACAUUUGAUUAGAUUUACAAACAGGUAAAUUUGGUAAUAAUAUUCUUAAGUUUCAAAUCACAGCAAUCCACUGGAUUUUAUUGGACAGUUUCGGUGACCCCUGAGGAUUCUAGUGUUUUUGUGCUGGACGGAUAGCUUUGUGGACAGUGCAUAAUGUAUGGCCGGAGCCCGCCGCUGCAGCCAGGACAAUGAGGGUUCCUGUGCGGCGAUUGGCCGGGCUCUGGCCGUGGCUGCUCAUGGCUGCCUUGCAGGUGGCGUUGGGCCACACGGGCCUGGAACUAGCCGCUGCUGUGGAGUCCGAACGAGCCACGAUCAAGGUGACGCUGCUGAAGCAGGAGCCCACCAGCAGGACCAUCACUCUGGAAGGGGUGUUCUCCUGGGGCAGCGCGGGCAGCGCUAAAGGGAAACUCAUGCAGUCUCACCCGUUGUCCCUGUGUAACACCAGUGAAGAUGAGCGUCCGGAAACCGAUUUCAUCACCAUCGUCAAACUCGAGAGCCCAGAGAGCAAAGUGCCUCAGUGCCAACCGCUGCUGGAUAAAGCUCGUCUGGCGAUUCAGAGAGGAGCUCAGGCUGUCAUCUUUGACAUCACAGAUGAUCCAGCUGCUGCUGCUGCUGCGCUGCAGGAUUCUGGUUCGUUGACUCGUCCGGUUGUGCUGGUGAAGUCAUCAGACGCUGAAGAACUGAUGGGACUCGUCAACAAGAACGAAGAAGCCAUGGUGUUCAUUGACAUCAGGGUGGAGCCAAAAUGGCCUCCCUAUGACGUCGGCAUCCUGCUGACCGUGGCUCUGGCGGUGUUGGCCAUCAUCAUGAUCUUUGCUCUACGCUUCCGCUGCAGGUCCAACAGAACCUGGGACUCUGUGCACCAGGAGACCAUGCGUGCCAUCAGCAGGUUGGAGACGCGCACGUACAGCUCUCAGGGUUGCUCUGGAUCCCAGCGUUCUCACGGAGCUCCAGCGUCAAACAGCAGCUCCAAUUCCAGCCCGAUCUGUGCCAUCUGUCUCGAGGAAUUCAUGGAUGGCCAGGACUUGAGAAUCAUCUCCUGUGGUCAUGAAUUUCAUAAGGAGUGUGUCGACCCCUGGCUCCUACAACACCGUACAUGCCCUCUGUGCAUGCACAACAUCAUGGGUAAACAGCCUCAGGGUUCAGAUCUGGCGUCCCGUCAGCCCCAAAGGAGUCGACUGCCGCCCCCUCUACAAGAGCACAGUCAGGCCUUCCUCCUUCCCCAUCACUAUUCAAACCAACACCCUUACCCCCAGCACCAAGUCCCCUUUUCCCUGCGGCAUCACUACCCCCGCACCCCUGGACCUUUACCCCAACUGGGUCACUUUGGAAACUCUCCCCCUCUUCAUCCACGCACUCUCCGUUGCUUAACCAGCCGACCAUUGGGUGCUAGCUGCGCGUACCACCUGGCCCCGGAUUCCCAUCACGGACGUACACACAGAACAGCUGGGCACGGGUGUCGGACUGGUGGGCAUCACUAUGCGCCCCCCAGAAGGUCGUGUCACCGGUGCCCUGUAGGAGCUUUACGGAACGCUUCGGGUUCUUGCGUGCAUCAUUUGGCAUCGCCAGCAAACCACGCAACUCAUCACCUGCCGCGUGGCGGAGGCGCGCAUGGCCGCCAAGACAACAGCAGCUGCUCCGUUGGGAGUUACCACACGGAGCGCAGCGGUUACCUUGCCGACGGGCCGGCGAGCGACUCCAGCUCAGGAUCAUGCCACGGCUCGUCCAGCGAUUCCGUCUUGAACUGUACGGACAUCAGCCUGCAGGGCGUCUAUGGCAGCUGGUCCACUUUUCGUAGCUCGCUCAGCAGUGACUAUGACCCGUUCGUCUAUUAUGGACCGGGCAAAGCCCCACGCAGAGGGAGCAUGGAGGCCACGCAGAGGCCUCGUUCCCUGGACUCGGUAGUGAACCAUGCCGGUGAUGCUGGUGCAGUUUGCUCGGAAGAGCAGCAGCAGCAGGUGGCCGUGUUCAGUCACGUACACUAUCACAGGCAUAGACACCACUAUUACGAGGACGGGGAACUCAAUCAAGUGCCCGGCCAAGGCUCUGAUGAGGAUCAGGGGGCCACGUCCUCGACCAUGGCAGCAGGUGGCCCCUGUAAUGCAACUAAAAACAAAGACUCCACUGGGUGUCAGGUACAGCACCAGUCUUGCCACUGCCCCAAAACGGACCUCAGUUCAAGGAGGGCUGAGGAUAGAGCCCCGGACCCCGUAUCUUCCUCAGGUGCCUCUGUGAUCCUUCCCUCCCCUACUUUAACCUCUCCGUCCCCAUCCUGUUGCCACAAAGGCCCAGGGUGGACCACCAGACAGAAAGCAGCCGGCUGUCCCUUGGAAGCACCUUCGCCGGUUGUUCACUUCCAUCAAAGCUUGGACCUUCAGGAUGAUUGUAGCAUUCAUAUCCACUACGGACAGGGAGCGGGAAGCUACUGCUGCACACCUCCACCAGAUUUGGCCCCCACGCUGCUGCCGGUGCCCCUGAUCUUGGACUCGACGGGUAUGGCUGACUGGCCGUGCUGUAGCGGGGCACAUGUGGUGUGGCAGAAGCAGGUGCAACAGGCCCAUUCGGAGCCUCAGCUUCUGGGGCCCGCUUCUGGAAUGGACAGACCCCUGUGUAGGGCCCAUCACGGCCCAGGGGACGAACUUUCCACGGACAUCUGUCUGUACUGCCAAGCUCUACACAAUAGUCAGGGGUCAGAGGAAGAGUCUGGUGUUUGAGAAAACUCUUCAUCCAAAACUCCUCACGCUGCUACACAAGAGCCGAAAUGGACAAAACUCUUCGGCGUUCUCUCGCUGUCUCUUUCACAUGUUGAGUCUUCCAGAAAAUUCCAAAACAUCUUCUGCAAUAUCAAACUGCAUUACCCAGAAUCUCCAUACCUCAGAAUGUCAUCCUAACAAAGAUUUAUAAAGUAAAGUAAAUACAGAAAUCAUCAGUGAUGAUUCUAUGUACUCUUCAGAAGUAACUCACUGUUACUAGCACAUUUCUAAUGGGCAAAACAAGUCAUUGUUGGUACUGUCAAGGUACUUGACCCUAUACAGCCCAAAUGUGACUUUUAAUAGGCAAACAAAUGAUGUUAAAUCAGGAAGUUAUCAAAGGAUCUGGGAGGUUCGCAAAAGAAUGAGAGCAUUUCUUCCUUUCCUUUGCUUUAAAACAGGAUUCAGUCUGAGAAUUCCUUUUUGUUAAAGCCCUUAAAGGUAUAAGCACGUCUUCCCAUAUUCCAUUGGGAAUUAGGCUUGACUUAUGUACUCUAUGCAAGAACGCAGACACUUCUAGCUACGCAAACUUGGUUGUUGUGUUCUGAAAUGUGUCAGAUUGCAAUUCAUACCGCAACAUUAUUCUACAGUCAUUUUCUCUGACAGGUUAACUACUAUCAUGCUGGAAUCCUGCUGAGCAAGUUAAACUUAAGGCUGGAAUGCACUACACAAAUUUUGCCCACAUUUACAGUCUAAAUGAGUUAACAAUAGUUGCCGAAAGUCUGCACCAGUCUGCAGAUUGAUACACUUGGAGUUGACUGGUUUCACAGAAAAUCACGUAGUGCAUGAUGGGCACAGACUCUGAUUUUUUCACUUCAGACUAUGAUUACAUCAAUUCGGAGGAUAUAAAAAUAUGUUUGAUAUUUUGAGCGAAUUUUAGAACCCAUAUGGGUGUGUAUGACGCAUCGCUGCUGAAACUGAAGCUGUCCUCUAUCUAAAAGUGUGAUGAAAAUACAAAACAAAUACAAUAACAAUACAAAAGUAAACGGGUAACAAAUUAGCCUCAAUAUUUGACCGCAUCUACCCACCUAAGACCCUUGGCACAUCCAUGUUUGUUUCAACCAUAGAUAUACAUACAUAGGAGCAUCAUUAGCGGCCUUUUCUAUGGCCCGCUAUGCAUAAGCCAUCCGCCAUAUUGGAACAGUCAAAAAAAAACAAAAAAACACUUGAGAGCAAGUUGACUGUGCGUCUGCAACCAUAGUUAUAUAUCCGAAUAUCUAUCUUCAAUAGACUUCAGCAGAUGAAAGACAAGACAAAGUCAUUUGCUAACACAACAUUAAAAAGUCACUACAGUUUAAAAACCUCUAAUAUUGAAACCAACACAUUCUCGUUAUCUAAUUUCUCCGGGAUUUUAAAUCUCUGCGGCAUUUACAACCAGAGGCUCCGCAAUAUUGUUGCAUCUUGGGAAACUCAUUGACUUUUACUGUAACUGAAAUGCUGAAGAUGGUGGACGAGUUGACAUGUCUGGAGCGCUCGAAUGUGGCAUCUACAUAUACAUACUAUGGUCAUGCGUCAUGUGUCUCCUGUGUGAGUUUGGAACGAGUUGAAAGUCUGGUAAUGUAUGAUCCUCGGUUGUUCAGUGUAUGAUGCCCAGUUUUCUCUGUAACCAAUUAUGAAUUUGGCAAGUAUAUGAUGUGUAGUGUAUUCCAGCCUUUAGUCAAACUGUUGAUGUUUAUAACAGAUAAACUGUGAAAAAAUGAUUUUUCAAAGAUGUAAAGGCCUACAUUUUACAAGAAAAUACCAUUUCAGUCUUUCUACUUCAAAAUUUCUCUUUUAAUUUCACAUUAUUAUUGUGAAAUUGAUCUGCAAUCUCUGAGUGAAAAUUGUUUCUACACCAAACAAAAAGUCGCUGUUUGGAUUCAAAUAGGCAAAUACUUAAGAGUCUAUGACUGGAUGAUUAUUGCAGCGAUUAUUAUGUUUCUAGCAUGUUAUAUGUUUGGCAACUACACACAAUGGAGUGUGUAGCUUUUUGUUUUGUUGUUAAACAACCAUGUAGGAAGACGCAUCAUAGCCGUUUUCCAGGAUGACAAUGCCAAGAGUCAUCAGGAUCACACUGUGAAAGAAUAGUUGGGAAGGAGCAUGAAGAAUCAUUUUCACACAUGAAUUUGCACCUCUGAGUCCAGACCUUAAAUUCAUUGAAAGUCUCUGGGAUGUGCUGGAGCAGUGCUCAUCUCUUGCAUUGGUCAAGAUAUUGUAUUGACAACGCAAGAGUCAAGUUUUGCCUGAUGCAUUUGCCUGGUACAAUUUGAGCCUGAUGAAUCUUGGCUUUGUCAUCCAGGAAUAUGGCCAUGAUGUGUCUUUCUACAUGGUUGUUUAAGAAAUGAAAAGCUUCACACUCCAUCAACUGGGGUUAAAAGAACCGUUGCCAAACAUUUAAACAUAAUAAUCACUGCAAUAAUGACCCAGUCAUAGACUCUUUUGCCUGUUUAAAUCCAAACAGUGAUUUUUUUGUUUUUUUUGUCCGGGCAGUGUGUAAUUUGAAGGUGACUCCAUCAUCAUUCCUUGAAAACUGAGAGCUUGCAAUGCAUUGGCUGUGCAUUUCCUUCAGUGUUUGCGCACUUGCAUAGAGUAGCAUCCGUGCAUUCGUUAUCUCACCGCACCUGCUGGCUGAUUUUUAACUAUUUAGUUAUUGCGAUGCUACUCUCCCCUUCCAUUUUUAUUUCUUAGAAGCUAGCCGUAGCCCUUUAACGGUGACGUGUUGGGCUACGUUCAAACAUCUGGCCUGGUUUUCCAGCACUACCUCAGAUAACCAAUCAGCGAGACGGUACUUCAAAGGUACUUGUGCGUCCGCCUCUCCUUACCUCUGACUCAGAGGAGCGAUAGGGAGCUUUACUUUAUAUCAUCUGUCCUUGGAAAAAGCAUUUCAUUGAGGUUUCAGGGUCUCGGUUUUGUUAAUUCAAAAAUGGCAGCUGUUAUUUUCAAAUGUUUGUCUUCAUUUAUCAAUUUUGCUUGUCAAAACUAAAUGAAUUGACUGAAUAUAUUUGGGGAAAGUUGUGAAGAUAUAUAUUUUUUUUUUUCUGUUUUGCUUUCUCUCUUUGGUCUUGUUAAGCCUGUAAUGUGUUUGGGCUGAGAAGGACUACAUUUCCCAGAAUGCUUUGCUUUCACCUCUGAGACUGAUGUUCCCUUAAAGGGUCGCUGACAUUUCAUAGAACCAGCAUACAAGCUCACCAAAAGUGCCUCUGUAACCCAUGAAAUGAACACUUCAUGAAGUUUAUUCAUAGACGUUAAUGUAGCCUGCUGUCAUGUUCACGGCAAUACCAGCCAAUGAUGUCUAUCGCCUGCAACCGUAGCAACACUCAUCUUUAAUCUGUUACCCUGAAAUCUCUGUUGUCAUAUAUUUUAAAAGCAUCCAUUAAAAGGAAUGGUCCAGGUUCAAAACUAUCAACAGUAUCUGUGACGUGCUGGAAAUAAUAUCGGGUUUUGAACCUGAAACAUUCUUUUUUGUAUAGAAGAGAAAACACUGGAAAUCUUGCCAAUGCAAACACCUGAAUGUUUUUUAUUUUUUGUCAGUAAAUGGUCAAAUUGUUCGAAGGUCUUGAUCCCUUGAACCACGAACCCCCGUGUCUCUCACAUGCCUUUUUGGCUUCAUACAGUCACAAAUGUUGCUUUUCAUCAAAAUGAGGCUGAAUCCCAAAUUAAAAAUAUAAAUAAGAUAAAAUAUAAUGAAUCCCAAUAUAUAGGGUUUCCUCAUACCCACACCUUAUGACCAGUGAGUUUCAAGGACUUUCCCAGUUUUGGUGAUUACUGGAGAAAGUUUUUUAAAAUCAUUUUAUAAAGAUUAUUGCACUCUUAAAGAGCCAUUUAUGAACCUGUUAACUGUCAACACCCUUUUUGAGCGUAGAUAUGAACUUAAAUGGUUGUAAUUCAUGAUUCUCUUUUUGCAGAUGACGGCAGAAAACACUUUUAAAAAUUAUGCAAGCUUCUUUCCGCCACUAAAUAAUAAUAAAAAAAAAAAGGUAAUUGCAAAUUUUUAUCUCACAAUUCUGACUUUUUUUCUCCAAAUUGCGAGAUUUAA